CAGAGUUCACUAACACACGACUGCUCGCGUGCAUUAUAUCUCAUUAUUAUAUAAAUAUUGCGCUUAGCCAUUGUUAAAAAUGACCCUGAUUGUCCGACGGUGAUUACCCGCGACUACGAGCUAGUGUUUAAGCGAAGUACUAGCGAGAAUCAGUCAGGAUGCCAUAUAUCAUGGUUAUGGGCAGCCUGAGUGCGCCCCAUCUCUCUAAGGACGAGGGCGCGACAGUAUACGGGCUGAAGAGUGAGGAGCGAGCGGCGUUAGUGAGGGAGCUGAAUUCCUCCUUCAACAUGUCAGUCGCCACAUCGUCAGACCAAGAGCGCACAGUCCGCGUCACACAGAAAGGGCUGACCCUAGUGGUCGUGAACCGGCUGCACGCCAUCCUGGGCUACGACGUCGUGUCACACGCCAUGGCAAUGACCAACGCCAACCGAGAGCUGGUCUCCUUCACCAUGUACAAGAAGUCGAACGCCCAUCAUCAUGGGCAUAGCAGUCAUAAAGGCCACUCACACGGCAACGUUGUUACGCUUUGAGACUGCGCUGCGUAAACUACUGUGUAUUCAAAAGUGCCUUCAGAUUUUAGAAUGAUAAUACAAGAAGAUUAAGUCAAUGUCCAUUUUACGAUUAUGCCAGAUUUCACCGGAAAACUGAAGGCCCUUUUUAAAAUCUCACCGACUUUAACUAGAGUCAGGCCAAACUAAGUUGACAAUGAUUUUGAUACCAGACUGCGUAUAGCGACUAUUUUAUACGCCGAACUAUGAAAUGAUGACGUUUAGGUACUUAAAACUUGCAGUCGGACCUUAUCAUAAUCGCUGCAGAUUUAGCUUGGUCUGAUGUUCUGAUUUUAGCCAGCUUGUCAAGAAAUGGAUUAUGGAUUUGAUGAGAACGCGUGGUAUCAUAUUAAUUUUUAUUUAAUUACCAAGUAAUGAAAUAAAAACAUGGAACUCAUAAA